AGACCUGUGGACUUCAAUUCCCAGAAUUCCCCAGCCAGCUGGCUGGGGAAUUGUGGGAAUUGACGUCCGCAAGUGGCCAGCAUUGGCUACCCCUGUUGUAGGGUCUCCUGCUUGAUCUUGUACUUAUGACGGUGGCAGAAUCCUGUGGUCAUGUGACUUAACGACCCGCAUGAUUCACUUAACAGCUGCAUUGAUUCGCUUAACAACUGUGGUGUAAAAUCAGGCAUGUCUUUAAACAUUUUUAAGGUUGAGCAAUCACGAAUUAAGGGAACCAUCCCUAGCAUUACUGUCAUGCUGGCUGGGGAAUUCUGGGAGUUGAAGUCCACCCAUCUUCAAUUGGUCGACGUUGAGAAAUUGUGCCUUGAGUCGUUCUGCGAAACCAUGAGGUCUCCAUCUAUCUCUUCUACCAGCCCAUCGUUUCAGGAGGAUGUGAGACCUCAUGGGGGGAUUGGGUGUGGGUCAAAUCUGAACCCUGGUUCCUCUCCAUCUAUGCAGAAGUGAAAGCAAUUGGAGGCUGCUUCUUGCAGAGUAAAUUGGCUUCUGGAUUUUGGAGGGGACAGAUGUGGUGAUAUCAGGAAGACUUCAGCAACCAAAUCUGGAAUCUUCUGCAGUAGAGGUUCUGCUACCAGGAACCUGUGACUUCUCAUCACCUUGGCCAACUUCUUUGUCCAAGUUGUUGGAGCCAACUGAAGGACACGAGGUCUCCUGGCACAGUGGGAUGCCAGGAGAUGACCAGCUCUGCUCUGACUCCCUUCUGCUUUCCUUGUAGACAUGCCGUUGAGCUGGGCCACGCUGGGCUUCCUCUACACUGGAUCUUUCUUGUACCUCUUGAGCUCUGUGAAGCUGUGGGAGAAGUCGGAGAAAGACUACUCCAGGCUCUGUCCUUGGGAAUGCCUGAUCUUCGUCCAGAUGUGGCCCAGCUCCUUCUGCGUGUCUCUACCGAGCAAGUAUGACUGCGUCAUGCCCGAGAAGGUGGCAAAGAACUGGACCAUCCAUGGAUUAUGGCCCAGUGACAUCCAGAAAUGCUGUCCCUAUUGGCAUCUCUUCCCUUCCGACCUGAUGAACCUGGUGCCCGAAUUGAACCGUCAUUGGCCAACUUUCACCAAUCUCAGUAACUUCCAGUUUUGGGAGAAAGAAUGGGAAAAACAUGGAACGUGUGGCAGUUGCAUCGAAACCCUGAAUAGUCCGAAGAAAUUCUUCGGGGCUGCACUCUUCCUCCACACCAAGUACAACAUUGACAGGGCUUUUGCAAAGGUUGAGAUUAUUCCCUCCUGCCAGCAGAGUUACCAGCUCAGCACCUUCGCGGACACCCUGGAGCCCCUCCUGGGAUCCCAGUUCCAGCUGCAGUGCGUGACGGACGGGCAGGGGCGGCAGCUGCUGGUUCAAAUCAAGGUUUCCCUCUUCAGCAACUUCUCCACGGGCUGCGUGGCAGAGCCUCCCGUGGGCAUCUCCCCUUACCACCCUUGCAGGGCUCAGAGGGGGAUUCUAUUUGUACCUCCCAAUCAGAAGGACCCCCGCCACCCCUGCCCAUGAUGAUCCGAGAGAGAUCAGCUGGAGGCAAGAGAGACCGGAAGAAAACCCAUCAUCCUCAGCCAGGGUGUUUCCAGCAGCGGACUCCAGACGGCCAACCAUUCAUUUCUUCCUCCUGCACCGGUUUUGAGGGUUUAAAUCCUCUCUGUGGCCAACCGUGAAACCCAUUUGCCACACGUGGCCGGUUAUAAUAGUGGCUUCAAAGGAGUUCUUGAAAAUGCUCUAGUCCUUGACUUAUGACCACAGCGAGGCUCAAACUUUCCAGAAAUAGCAGCCGGGCGAUGCAGCUGCCCAGCUGGGAAAACUCCCAAUCUCCCUUCACCGAUUCUUUUGAUUUGUCAUACUUGAUUGUAUUUAAACAUGGGGAAAAAAAGGAUUGAAAUCUUCCAAUCCUGAAAAAUAUGGCACAGAGCAGCUGCUUAGCGGAGGAAAAUUAGAACAAACAGAUUUAAUAAACG